AGGCGUCUUUGUUUUUGGCUCAUGCAAUCCUUCACUGUAAGUCUUGGGGAUACGGAUCCUAUGGAGCAGAAAGGGACAGGAUUCCUGAAAGUGCUGAAGGGACAGCUCCCAGAACCUACUUUAUUCUCCAGUCUAAGCAAGAGCUAGGAUGAAGUCAAGGGAAGGAGCAUGGGGGGCAUGCUUUAUUUUCUCGAUGAACUAAUCCUCUUCAGUCCUUUCUCGGAGACUUUCCUAUCUUAGGCACCAUGUGACGAAAUCUGCCAGCUCUAGCCAAAGUGGGAGGGUGUAUAGUUUAGGCAUCAGAGCGGGCGGUGAUUACUUCCGUGUCAGAAGCCAAGUCUUCGCUCUGGGUACUGCUGGGGUCUCCUGGCUGCAGUCACAGUCUCUCCCCUGGCUAAUGUUCCGUUCCAGCGCCUUAUCCCCGGGUCCACCCCCUCGUCUGCGCCUCAGACAAAAAGAGGAGGAAGACACCAAUCUUUGCCCGCCUUCUUCUGUUCUGGAGGACUGAGUAUCUUUGGCGUUUGAGGAUAUUUUUUCUUCUCUGGAGUCAUAAAACGGGGUUGGGGAGCAAAUAUGCCAAGCUUGAAUAACUUAUGUAGAUCCCUGGAGGGAUUUAGAGAAGGUCGGUGGAGGGGUAGCUGGCACAGCUGAUUUGAGGAGGAAUUCCAGAUCCUCUUAGAACCAGCCCCCAAAGGCUAUUUUACCCUGGAACUGGGCGUUCUAGUGAGUCUCCCCUGCUCUCAGGAAGGGGACUGCCGACUUCAGUUCUGUGUCACCUUCCUCUGGCUCUGCCAAACCUCACAGACGCCAGAGGCGGCGGCGAGGCUGCUGCAGCAGCAGGUGCACACGCCACAGUAGAAGCAACCCAGGCAGAAAGGGUGGCGUGAGGGGCGGCCGCUUCCUGGAGUGAAGAGUAGCCCCUUGCGUGUAUAUAUGUGUAUGUGUGUGCGCGCGCGCGCCUGUGUGCGUGUGUGUAGGUGCAGAAGAGGGCUUCCCCCACCCUUUCUCUCCAAUCGGGAUCAGUCUUUAUAGCGGGGUAGCAGCAGCUAGUGCACUGCGGUCCUGCUGCUGGUGCUGCCGCCGCCUCAACCUCCACUAUUCCUUCACAUCACCUUUCCUUGCUGCCAUCAUCUCGAUCUUCCCUUUGUACUUUAUUUCACGUGCUCCAACCGGAUUAGGGGAUGCGGGUUUCUUUUCCCUCUUUUUAAGGUCUAUCUGGUUUUAACUCCUUUCCCCUUACUCACUCCUUCCUCCCCUCCCUUCUCCUCAUAUUGCUCCAUCCACCCAUCCAUCCAUCCAUCCAUCCAUCCAUCCAUCCAUCGCUCCAUUCAUUCAUGUUUAGGGUCCUUGGAGGUGGUGCAGCCCAAGAGUGAAGGUGCCAGAGGAACUCGGCUGGGGGGGCGGGGAGGGGGGAGAGGACGAAAGACACGGAGGGGGUACAAGAGGAGAGUGCUAGGGAUGGCUGAGAGGAAAAGGAACUGGAAUAAGGAGGAUGACCUGCCUGUGUAUCUGGCCCGGCCCGGCACUACAGCCCAGACCCCACGCCAGAAAUAUGGGGGCAUGUUCGCCUCGGUGGAGGGCGCCUACGAGAACAAAACCAUCGACUUCGAUGCCUAUAGCGUGGGUAGAAAGGGCUCCCGGACUCCCAGGAGCAGCAGCAGGCCCGACAUGAUGUUCUUGGGGGAAACGGGGGACAAUUUUAGCGAGACCGCCAGCGAUGUGAGCGAAGUGUCUGGCUCUGUCAUCAGCUCUCCCGGGGACAGGGAUGACAAGACACCAGGCGUGGAAAUCCGAUACCCGAUGGGAAAGGAAAUGCUCCAGGGCCCGGACAAUGGGAAGAGUGACCGGCUACUCAUUAAAGGAGGAAGAAUUAUCAAUGAUGAUCAGUCCUUCUAUGCAGACAUCUACUUGGAAGAUGGACUUAUAAAACAAAUAGGAGAAAAUUUAAUAGUUCCUGGUGGAGUGAAAACUAUUGAGGCCAAUGGACGAAUGGUUAUCCCUGGAGGAAUUGAUGUCAACACAUACUUACAGAAGCCCUACCAGGGAAUGACCUCUGUUGAUGACUUCUACCAAGGCACCAAAGCAGCACUGGCAGGUGGCACUACCAUGAUCAUUGACCAUGUUCUUCCUGAGCCCGGUGCUAGUUUACUCGCCACCUUUGAAAAGUGGCAUGAGGCUGCCGACACCAAAUCCUGCUGUGAUUACUCUCUCCACGUGGACAUCACCAGUUGGUAUGAUGGGAUCCGAGAAGAGCUGGAUAUGCUGGUGCAAGACAAAGGUGUUAAUUCUUUCCAAGUCUACAUGGCUUAUAAAGAUCUCUACCAGAUGUCCGACAGCCAGCUCUAUGAAGCAUUUACAUUCCUAAAAGGACUUGGAGCAGUCAUCUUAGUCCAUGCUGAAAAUGGAGACUUGAUAGCUCAGGAACAAAAACGAAUCUUAGAAAUGGGAAUUACGGGUCCUGAAGGACAUGCUUUGAGCAGACCUGAAGAGCUGGAAGCAGAAGCUGCUUUCCGAGCCAUCACCAUAGCUAGCCGAAUCAAUUGCCCCGUCUAUAUCACCAAGGUGAUGAGCAAGAGUGCUGCUGACAUAAUUACUCUGGCGAGAAAGAAAGGUCCUUUAGUUUUUGGAGAACCAAUUGCUGCAAGUCUAGGGACAGAUGGAACCCAUUACUGGAGCAAAAACUGGGCCAAGGCAGCAGCUUUUGUGACAUCCCCACCGCUGAGCCCAGAUCCCACAACUCCUGAUUACCUGAAUUCUCUCUUAGCCUGUGGGGAUCUUCAGGUGACAGGAAGUGGCCAUUGUCCAUACAGCACUGCCCAGAAGGCUGUUGGUAAAGACAAUUUCACCCUUAUUCCGGAAGGAGUGAAUGGGAUUGAGGAGAGAAUGACUGUUGUCUGGGAUAAGGCUGUUGCCACAGGCAAAAUGGAUGAAAACCAAUUUGUUGCAGUCACCAGCACCAAUGCAGCCAAAAUAUUUAACCUGUAUCCAAGGAAGGGAAGAAUUGCUGUUGGCUCUGAUGCUGAUGUGGUUAUCUGGGACCCUGACAAAGUGAAGACUAUAACGGCCAAGAAUCACAAGUCGGCUGUUGAAUAUAACAUCUUUGAAGGAAUGGAAUGCCAUGGGUCCCCACUGGUAGUCAUUAGCCAAGGGAAGAUUGUAUUUGAAGAUGGAAAUCUACAUGUAAAUAAGGGUAUGGGUCGCUUCAUACCUCGCAAGCCUUUCCCAGAAUACCUCUACCAGCGUGUCAAAAUAAGGAAUAAGGUCGCUGCAUUGCAAGGGGUUUCAAGAGGAAUGUAUGAUGGGCCGGUCUAUGAUGUUCCAGCUACACCAAAAUAUGCAACUCCUGCUCCUUCUGCCAAAUCUUCUCCUUCCAAACACCAGCCUCCACCAAUCAGAAACCUCCACCAGUCCAAUUUCAGUUUAUCAGGGGCCCAGAUAGAUGACAACAACCCUCGCCGCACUGGCCAUCGCAUUGUGGCACCUCCUGGGGGUCGCUCCAACAUCACCAGCCUUGGUUGAACUUUGAAGAUGAAUGGGUGGCCUUGAAUGAAGGAUGGCAGGAAUUGUAUCCAUUCCCUUCUGUGUCAGUGUUAUUGCAGUCCACAGUUUUAUUUGGUACUAAUGGGAAAAAAAAAGAAUGGUGUUUUUGGGAUUGGUUCCCUUCCCCUCACCCCCUUUUUCUUUUUGGUAUAGGAAGAAGUGGUAAUAGUGUGGUGUAUUUGCUUGGAACUACUUGCCUCCUCAACAUUGUGUUUCCAUCCCAUAGUCACCUCAAAGCAUGGUGCACCUGCUGCUCCUUUAGUGAGUUCAGGUUUUAGCUUUGUCCUCGUACCUGAAUGAUGAUGGUUCCUUUGCACCCUGUAGCUGUACUAGGAUAGUGAAUGCAUGUUACUGAAUUAUUUAUGCCAGUCUGUGAGUGAGUCCCAUAGAACACAUUGCCAAUGACUGACCUAGACACAAUUCCAAGAUGAAAUGCCCUGACGUGACACAUUGGAAACUCUUCAAAGGAAGAAUCCCCUCCCCCCCCCAUUUACACACACACACACACACACACACACACACACACACACACACUGAUCAAGUCUAAACCAGAAAGAAUAUUCUCUUGACAUUAUCCAGUCAAGUUGCUCCAAGAGCAGCAUCUCUUGACAUUGUCCAACAAUGUUGCUCCAAGAUGUGCUGAUGUUGUUCAGCGAGGCAACUUUAAGAGCAGCUCCUAUCGAUACUGUCCAUCAAGGAUGCUCCAUGAAUAGGCCCUGUUGACAUUACCCAGUAAGAUUCCUCCCCUUUCCUCAGUUAUGAAGAGAUAGCUGUGUCUUGUACGAGAAAAUCUGGUCUCUGUCAUAACUGUAAUUCCCCAUAAUGUACAUUCUAGUCUGUUUUCAUCGUGUCAGCUUUUGAGUUCAGGUGGAGCCAAGGAGUAUACACCGAAAGGCUGCUCCCUACAUAUCGUUCAGGGCUCUGUCCCAUGAGGCAGUGGCACUCUGGGUUUGCAUGGAUUUUUGGGUACCUACAAGAUGGCUGAAGUGGCAGUCUGAUUUUUAAAGUUUUGUACAAAGUUUUCUUUUGAAAUCACACACAUUUUUACUUACUGAUGCUGUCCCAGACUGACUUGUUGUGGCUCUUAUUUCUGAAUUCAAAGCUUGUGAAAUAAACAAAAUUAACUGAUCUGUGAA